AUGAAAUUUCAAUACUUUGCAGUUGUAGCCGUUUUAGCUGGUGUUGCCAGUGCUGCCGAACCCACCACCACAACUUCUGGCUCACCAUCUGUGAUCACACCUGUACCUCCUCCAGGCGUUAUCUGUCCUAUGGUUGUAUGUGCACCUAUCACUUUGUCUGCACGAGCAGUCGACCCUGUCUGCCCCACUCACUGUGAAAAGACCUGUAAGAUUAUUGAUGAUGUUUGCUGUCCUGGUAGUAAGAAGGCUGUCUGCGAGAGCAGCUCAGUUAGUGUUCCUAAUGCCACUGCUCUCACCAGCGGCACUGCUGCUCCUUCCGGUAGCUCUACAGCAGUCAGUGGCCCUGUCAGUAGCAUCACUUCAUUGGUUCCUCCCAGACCUGUUGGUUCUAUCAGUCCUGCCGCUGCUUCUCCCACCAGUGGAGCAAAUACCUUAACCAUUGUCUCUAGUUGCAUGUUGGUCACUUUAAUCGCUAUUGGUUUAAACAUUUAA